ACACAUACCCUCUGCGUGAGCAGGGUCUAUAUCUCCACUACUACUACUGCGGCUACUGUGACUGGUGGUAGUCUACAGCUGUUGUUCCUCUGGAGCCAUACACAGCACUAGUGAAGGAUGUGGCUCAUCUGCGUUCCCCCUCUUCUUCUCUCUUGUGAAUGAAUGGCAGUGGGAUUGGUGUCAUUGGACCCGAGGGGCUUUCGCACUAACUAACUCCAAAAGGCUAUGGAUGUUACUGGACGAUAACAGCAGGAGGCUGCUGAGGGAAGGACAGCUCAUAUUAAUCGCCAGGACGGAGCGAAUGGAAUGACAUGGAAACCAUGUGUUUGGUGUAUUUGAUGCCGUGCCACUGAUUCCGCUCCAGCCAUUACCACGAGCCCUGUCCUCCCUAACUAAGCUUUAUCUCUGUAUCGACAUAAGGCCAGUGAGGAACACUCAUAGAUGAGCCUUGGUUGGUCAGAAUCAGGGUCGUGAGAAGACAUGCAACACACGUCGUGUACUGAGGACCGGAUCCAGCAUGCUCUGGACCGAUGUCUGGAUGGGCUCAGACCCAGCCCCACGGCACCACAACCCUGGAACGUCCUGAUGUGCUCGGCGGGCCAGUCGUUGAACCGCUGGAGUCUGGAGGAAUUGGUGAAGAGAGACCCAGAGAACUUCCUCAUCCUCCUGCAGCAGAUCCUCAGGAAGACCCGAGAGGUCCAAGAUCAGUGUCAGUAUGAGCUAGUGGCUCCCCUCGCUAUCAUGUUCUCCUCCACUCUGUUACAGACCCCCUUCUGUCCCCCAGCCACGGAGCUGCUGGAGGAGGCCUGUGAGGUGUUUGGCUGUUUCCUGACUUGGCCAGAGCCUUACUGCAGCGUGUGUAAAGGACUGCUCUCCACCUUACACCAGGAACUCAAGGCCCCAGGCAUAUCCUAUCACAGACUGGUGAGAGAAGAGCAAGGCCUGGCCACCUCAAAACAUCGCUCAAAAACAAUGACGGUUCUGUUGAUGAACCCUAGUGAGGUGCCUCCUGAGUUCCUGUCUGUAGCAGACCAACUGAGUAGUAUCCAACGGUCCCAGAGAGAGACCUAUAUCACCCUGGUCAAACAUGCCUACCAGGCUACCCUGGGCACCAAGUACACCCUGGCCAGCAUCCACAAAGCCCUGCAGGUCAAGAGUCUAGAAGUGCUGGUGGAGAUCUUCUCCAUGGUAACUGACGUCCUGGAGAUGGCCGCUGCCAUGGACGACCCGGCGAAAGGCCGUGAUCAUGUGACGCGGGGCCUGGAGGGGCUGAGGGAGAGGAUGGGCGUCCCAGCGUCCGAUGUCAGGAAGUCUGAGGGAAUGCUGCAAACGCUACCACUGCCCACAGCCAAGUGCUACAUGUUUCACUGGGACAAGGACAACUUUGACAUCCUCAACACCAUACUGGAGAACGACCUAACCGGCUUCCAGACCUCCAGUGGUCAGGGUGAUGGUGAGGAGGGGGAGGAAGAUGCAGAGUUCGACCUGGAGGAGGAAGAGGGAGAGCAGGAAGAGGGAGAGAAGGAGUUUGUGCGUAGACAUGUCGGAGACAACGGCUGGAGCGUGGACCACCGAGCCUCCACCUUCUCCACCGUCUCCUCCCUCUCCACUGCCUCUAAAGACUCCAUGUACUCCAACUUGUCCGAAUCCUACACCCCCUCCAUUCUCUCAGUCACUUCCGGCAUCGACAGCGACUUCUACGAAGAUCCCGAGGACGCCACCUCCAGCCCCUCCCCUUUGGAACGGAGCCCAUCAUCCGGCAAGUCAACCAAAGCUUUGGCUCGUCGGAGCCAGCACUUCUCCCGUUUCUUCAAGACAAAGACGCAGUCCCUGACCAGAGCCAAGAGCCUCGGCAGCCCAGAUGCUACGGACUUUGUCCCUGUUCGUUCAAAGCGCUCCAACUCCCUCCCGCAGCAGGUGCACCUACGCAACCCAGACUCUUUGUUCCAGACCCCCUGUACCCCCCAGGCCCUCAAGCACGUGUGCUUCCGCCGGAGGCCCAUCCUGAGCAGUGACGAGGAGGGUAAUAGUAAUGCCACCACCCUGAGGGUGGUAGUGUUCGGGGCCGACCAUGUGGCGGGCAAGGUGGCGAGGGCCUAUAGUAACUUACGCCAGAGAGAGAACGUUUGCCCGAGCCUCAGCAGAGCCUUCCGGCUGCAGUUCUUCUUUGUGCCUGUGAAGAGGGACGGUGUUGUGAGGUGCCCCAGUCCCAGGUGCCCUAGCCCCGGAGGCCAGUCGGCUAGCCCACGGAGAGGAAGUACAUCCUGUACAGAGCUCAACAUUCUUGGCACAGAAGACAGCACUAACGACAUAGCCCGUUUCAUUGGUAUGCUGGACCCCUGGUACGAACGCAACACCUUGAGCCUGCUCAGUCUACCGGCCAACGUGGUGUGUCAGCAAACCUCGAAGAUGGAGUCCGAGUUGUAUGAUAGUUCCUAUGAGGAUCGUCUGCCCAUCCUGGCUGACCUGGUGUUGUACUACUGUCGCCAUGCCACCAGGCCUGCACUGAUGCAGCUCUACCAAGCAGAGAUGACGUUAGCUGGAGGCGAGAGGAGGACAGAGGUUUUCCUUCACUCCCUAGAGCUGGGCCACACCGCAGGGACACGAGCCAUCAAGGCUAUGGGUGCCGCGAGCAAGAGGUUUGGGAUCGAUGGCGACCGGGAGGCAGUCCCUCUGAUGUUAGAGGUGGUUUACAACAGGGUGGUCAUCAGUGGGAGAAGUCAAUGGACGAAGAAAGACAAAGUGUGCACCUCCAUCAACCUGACCAAAGCCUGCAAGAAUCCAGAGGAACUAGAUUCAAAGAUGGAGUGCUUGCAGUUGACAAUGACAGAAGUACUGAAAAGGCAGAACUCAAACAAAUCUAAGAAAGGCUACAAUCAGCAACUGAGUGUUACUGAGGUGAAGGUGGACAAGGUGCAGGUCAGUGGGACUGGUAACACCACCUUCGCUGUGUGUCUGGACCAGGAUGAGAAGAAGAUCUUCCAGGGUGUCACCAGGUGUGAAGUAUCUGUAUGCUACAAGCCUGACAGCUCUACAGACUGGAGGUUAGACCAGGGUCUGUCCGCCCAGAUCCAGCCUCUCCACCCCACCUUCUGCUCCCUCCUCUGCCUGCCCAUAGCCACCUUCAGCGGGGCACAGCCCUGAGAGGGGAAGACUAGCCUGCCCAUAGCCACCUUCAGCGGGGCACAGCCCUGAGAGGGGAAGACUAGCCUUAAAAAUAUAUAUAUACUUUAUGUAUUUAUGACACUUUUUUUUACCAGACAGCUGGUAACAGAGGGGGAGUAAGUGGAAAUGAAAAGCCUUGAGUCUGUGGACCAGACUAAAAUUAAGGGAAGUGACUCUUUUUGGAGCCAAGGGACAUUAUGGCUGCUGGAUGGUUCAGCGAACCAUCCUCCUGUGAUGACUAACAUUGCCUGAGGCCUACAGACCUCCGUUGGGCUAACACAGUCUUGUGACAUUCAGGAGACUGGGGUUCAAUACCCAGUUGCUAAAAUGGACACUAUGGAUUAUGUAAAUGAUGUACAUUUGUAUACUAUAUAUUUCUUCCCUCAAAAUAACUUCAACAUUACACUGUAGCUACGCUGGUAUUGGUGCAAGGUAUUUGGAAGCACUGAAGUCCUCUCUUCCUGCACUGUAAUGAGCAACGGUUUCCUGAAGUGGGACAUUUCUGAAAUAUCACAGUGACUUCUUUAGACCAGCAGGGGAGUCCAUUGUGUUCACUUUCCCACACGAGAGCAACGUAUGUCAGGAUAAUGAGGUAGAAAAGGCAGCCUUUCUCAGGACUCCACAGACUCACCCAAAAUGCAAUUAUGUUCAAUGUUGUUUUUACAUUUAAAUGUAUACAUUUGACAUUGUAUUAAACAAUCCCAUUUUUGACAUUCCAUUGUACAUAAUAUAAGAUGUAUCAUACUAAGUAGCACACUGUAAUGUUUAUUUGACACUGUAUUUGACAAAACAUAAGAUAUAUUUGGUUUAUUUAGCUGAUACCGAUGACCGCAGGAAAGGACAUAGAUAUUCCAGGAUAGAUUGACCUGGUGUCAUAGACCAGUCUAUGGUGCUACAGAAUAUACUCAUCCAGUCCUUUUGUUAAUCAGUUGUCUAAUGUAUUGCUGUCUACAGCUUUGCACUGGCGAAAAUGGAUAUGGUCACACUAGUCAAUCAUACAGCAGAAUAGAAUGCAAAGUAAAAAUGCUUUUAAAAAAGGGUGAGGUUGGUAUGUUAGACAUCUUUGUGUUUAAAUGGGUAGGACUCUGGGUUUAUCCUGACUGUGACCUAACCAGUUUCCCUAUGAUGUCAGGAAAACACAGCAGACUAGUAAUUACACAUGCAUACCGAGUGUACACAACAUUAAGAACACAUUCCUAAUAUUGAGUUACACCCUCUUUUGCCCUCGCAACAGCCUCAGUCCAUCAGGACAUGAACUCUACAAGGUGUCGAAAGCUCUUCCAUAGGGAUGCUGGCCCAUGUUGACUCCAAUGCUUCCCACAGUUGUCAAGUUGGCUGGAUGUCCUUUGGGUGGUGGACCCUUCUUGAUACACACGGGAAACUGUUGAGUGUGAAAAACCCAUCAGCGUUGCAGUUCUUGACACAUGCAAACCGGCACCUUCUAUCCUACCCUGUUCAAAGGCACUUAAAUAUUUUGUCUUGUCCAUCGCCUGAAUGGCACACAAACAAAUAAAAUCCUUUAACCUGUCGUCUCCCCUUCAUCUACACUGAUUUUGAAGUGGAUUUAACAA